AUGAUAUAUGACGCUGGCGCAUACUUGAGCGGCAACACACCAGGUUCAACCUGGACCGCCCAGUAUUUUGAAGGCAACAACUACUACAUUUACAUUCGCGGAAAGAAUGAUCCAAAGGGGAACUGGUGGCUGUCCGAGGAAUCUCCCGUGAGUUCAGACGCCACUGGCGGUGUUCUUGUAAACUGUCACUUUGAUUCGGUUGCAACCAGCUACGGGGCCACGGACGACGGCGUAGCUUGUGUUUCUAUGCUACAGCUACUUGGCUAUUUUACUUCCGACAACCACCAACCUGAGAAUGGCAUCGUGCUGCUCUUCAACAAUGCGGAAGAGGAUGGGCUUCUUGGCUCACGGGCAUUCAGCCGCAGCCCUUUGGUGCAGUUCUGCCGUACGUUUGUUAACCUCGAGGGAGUAGGGGCCGGAGGGCGUGCCAUGCUCUUUCGGACCACAGAUGUCAAGGCGGCAAUGGCAUACUCUGGCAGCCCUCACCCAUUCGGGUCCAUUAUUGCGAAUGAAGGCUUUGACAGAGGUGCUAUCAUGAGCGGUACUGACUAUGAGAUAUUUGCGGACACCUGUGGCUUACGGGGACUCGAUAUUGCUUUCUAUCAUCCCAGAUCACGAUAUCAUACCACUGAAGAUGACGCGCGGCAUACGUCUAUAGAUAGCGUUUGGCACAUGAUGUCUGCCGCUUUGGCGACCACGAAGAAGCUGUCGGAAGAUACCAGCACCAUUCUUCCCAAUGUCCGAGAACACCCAGAGGAGGUAGAUAAGGGGGUUUGGUUCGACUGGCUCGGCAGUGUCUGGAUUGCCUUUCCGCUGAAAUGGCUCUUUGGGUGGUCUCUUAUGCUUCUUGUCGUCACUCCUCUGCUUGCACUCCAGAGGAAACGAAUCCCUAUCCAAGAGGUCGAGGAUGCGGAUCAGCCUGGAGAGUCAGACUCGCAAAUCGGCGCUCGUUGGAGUGAGGAGGAUGAGCUGACAGCUGCCGAUGCGACCAAUGAUGGAGAGAGAGUUUCCGUCCGUGUGCCAUUGCUUGGUACUAAUGAGAGCCAAUACGAAUCAACCGACGGGAGUUGUUUUGGUAGCGCCUGUCGACGAUUCAUUGCGAGGCUAUCUUCCUCCGCUGCCACCAUGUACGAAUAUCACAAAACUUACGGACCGCCAAGUUCAUCGUCCAUUCAGCCCCUUGAAUGGACUUGGUUUCUCCAGCUUCUUAUCCUGGCCCCAGUUCAUCUUAUUCUUGUCGGAAGCCAGGGGCUGGCUGCCAUAACCGCCAUUGCCAUGACCGGACCAGAUGGCAGCAACUUGUUGACUCCAUUUGUGGUUCUUGGCUUGAUAAGUAUAGUUUUAAUCCUUCCGCUUGCGCCUUUUAUGCGUCAAAUAACGUACCAUGUUCCCAUGUUACUCUUCUUCACGUUUAUCGGAACCUUGGCCCACAGCUUGACAGCAUUCCCUUUCUCCAACGACAGUCGCUUCAGAUUCAUUUUCCAACAAUCAAUUGACCUGGACAAGGGCACAAACACCGUGACCCUCUCAGGCGUUGAAGACUUUUUGCGUCUCGUUAUUGACUCUCUUCCUGAGGGAACAAGCCAGUCUAUCAAGUGUCAGCCGACAGUCGGGCGAGCUCUCGUGGAUUGUCAAUAUUAUGUGGCGUCGUCUCAUCUUCCUGACCUGGCGAACGGUGCAGACCUCCACGAUGUAAUCACAGUGGUCUUAUCGAAAUCCGAAGAUGAGAUUACUGCACAUAUACAACUUGACGCGUUGGAAACAAGAACUUGCUACCUUGACUUCUCGCGGCCUCUCUCGAACUUCACAGUCAAGGGUGAAGCGAAGCGCGAUCCAAGGCUCAGCCAGACUCCUCCAGAUGGUCAAAUACAGCACAUUCAACUCUGGCGGCGAAGUUGGGGGGACCCCUGGAAUCUGGAUGUGCAGGUAGCUCAAAACCAACGCUUAGUUAUGAACGAAGACGAUGGAGAUGAAAUUUCGCUUGGCUUAGCGAGAAAUGAGCCGAAUUUGCGAUCAGAGGCAACAGGAUUACAGCACCAUCUUAUUCCUCCAGUUCAGUCCUUGGAGAUGACAGUCCGGUGCUUUCAGGAGUCCGAGAAGAUGCCAUACGUCCCACGGGUGUUCAUUUUGCGUGUCAAGCCAGGACCCAAGUUCAGCCUCGUCAAGUAUCUCCACAAGCUUGGCGUUCAGGCCCUGCUUUAA